GUUCGCUCCUUCUUCGCAGUCCUGCAUUUUUUUUGCUUCUGAGAAUGUGCUAAAAUAGCUUUGUGGUCUCUGUGUUGCAUGUGUUACGGGUGAUUCUGCUGGAUUGGAACCCUAACAUUUGGAUCCUUUGGGAUUUGGAUGUGUGGCAAAGACUGACGAUCUAGGUCGGAAUAUGGACGAGAGAGGAGUUCCAUUGGGGGUGAACUAUGGGCGGAUGACUGUGAGUGAGAGCGGGUCCACGGCGAUGACCCCUUCUGCGCAGCCUUCCUGGUUGACCGUAUCGGCUAAGAACUCCACACAACGGAGGUCGGUGAGGCCGAGCUUUGACGCGGACAACGAGUUCAUUGCUCUACUCCAUGGCUCGGAUCCGGUGAAAAUUGAACUCAAUCGGCUCGAGAACGAAGUCAGAGACAAGGAUCGGGAAUUCUCUGAAGCCCUGGCCGAGAUCAAAGCAUUGAGUUCAUCUGAACGGCAGAGGGAGAAAGCCACUGAAGAGCUCACUGAAAAGUUGGGAAAGAUGGAGGAAAAGCUCAAAUUAUCUGAAGCUAUACUUGAGAGUAAAUACCUUGAAAUAAAGAAGAUUAAUGAAGAAAAGAAGGGUUCCAUGGCAGCUCAGUUUGCAGAAAAAGCCACUCUUCGGCGGGUUCAUGCUGCUCAGAAGGAUGAUGAUAUGCCUCCCAUUGAAACCAUCCUUGCGCCUUUAGAGGCUGAACUUAAGCUUGCAAGACAAGAAAUCGGAAAACUUCAAGACGACAACAAGGCAUUGGACCGAUUAACCAAAUCAAAGGAAGCGGCUUUGCUUGAAGCUGAAAGAACUGUUCAUACGGCACUGGCAAAGGCUUCAAUGGUUGAUGAUCUACAGAACAAGAACCAAGAAUUAAUGAAACAAAUAGAAAUUUGUCAGGAAGAGAAUAAAAUUCUUGACAAGUUACACAGACAGAAGGUCGCAGAAGUUGAAAAGCUUUCCCAGACUGUGCGAGAGCUAGAGGAGACUGUUCUUGCUGGUGGUGUAGCUGCGAAUGCUGUGAGGGAUUACCAGAGGAAAGUUCAAGAGAUGAAUGAAGAGAGAAAAAUCCUUGACCGGGAAUUGGCCCGUGCAAAGGUGACGGCAAACAGAGUUGCCACUGUAGUGGCAAACGAGUGGAAAGAUGCCAAUGAUAAAGUGAUGCCUGUAAAACAAUGGAUUGAAGAACGGAGAUUUUUGCAGGGAGAAAUGCAACAACUGCGUGAUAAACUUGCUGUAGUUGAGCGAGCUGCAAAAUCUGAAGCCCAACUGAAGGAAAAAUUUCAGCUGCGGCUUAACGUGUUAGAGGAGAGUUUAAGAGGGUCUUCCAGCAGUGGCAACCGGGGGACAUUUGGUGGAAGAAGCAUUAGCAAUGGGCCUUCUCGUAGACAAUCCCUGGGUGGAGCGGAUAAUAUGUCGAAGUUUACAUCAAAUGGCUUUCUAUCAAAGAGAACAACAGGUUCUCAGUUGAGAUAUUCAAGCAGUGGCAUGACUACCAUAUUGAAGCAUGCCAAAGGAACAUCUAGAUCAUUUGAUGGAGGUACCAGGUCUUUAGAUAGGAGCAAAGUGCUAAUCAAUGGAUCAGGUUCGAGUUUUUUACCCAGCCAGUCUUCUGGUGGGUCCAGUGAGGGCGAGUCACCUAGUGCUAUGAAAGGAGGAGAUUCAGAAGAUGACAUGAAGGAGAACCCGACAAGAAUAAAUAAUGAGGGUAGUGUACCUGGAGUCUUAUAUGAUUUGCUGCAGAAGGAAGUGAUAAUUUUAAGGAAAUCUUCUCAGGAAAAAGAUCAGAGCAUUAAAGAUAAAGAUGAAGCUAUUGAGAUGUUGGCAAAGAAGGUCGAAACACUAACAAAGGCGAUGGAAGUAGAGGCGAAGAAGAUGAGAAGAGAGGUAGCCGCCAUGGAGAAAGAGGUAGCAGCCAUACGUGUGGAGAAAGUACAAGAGAACCGGGCCAAGCGGUUCGGGAAUACAAAGAGUUCUUCAGGCACAUCUCAUCUGCUCUCUGGAAGAGUGUCGGGACGGAGUGGGAUGACACGGAGCACACAAUGAGAAGGAAUUCCUCCCACAUGUCCUGCCCUGUCCUGUCCUGAUUCUUGAAUCACUCAUUGAUAAAACCACCACCAAAAGCCCUUCCCACGUAUUCAAAUUAGAGGCCAAAACCCAAAAAAAAAAACUUUUGGGGCAAAACAUGUGAUGAUGAUGAGGGAUGAUGUAAAGGGUAGAGUCUUUGUGUUUUUUACCCAUUCUGGCACUGCAAAUCUGGAGAGCCUAGUGCGUGAUUGUUUUGCACUCUGCUUGGUUAAUGUUCUUGUAAGUUGUAACCAUUCUCCUUUCUUUGUAUUGUAAUUUAUCUUUGGGAAAUGUAUGUAUAUACCCCUUCAUCAUAUAUGGAGGACAAACAAAUACUAGUUUCUUAAACAAUUUGUUUGUUCACGUUAAAAGAUGAAGUCGAAAUUUAUACCUGUACCAGUUUAAUUC